AUGAGUAGGCAAGCAUAUAAGGAGUUCGGAGAUGUUGUCACAUUUGACACCACAUACCUCACUAAUAAGUACGAUAUGUCAUUUGCUCCUUUUGUUGGAGUGAACCACCAUGGACAGUCGACACUCCUUGGAUGUGGUCUGGUCUCGAAUGAGGAUACAGAGACAUUUGUCUGGCUUUUUCGAACCUGGCUGCAAUGCAUGCAUGGACAGGCUCCGCAUGGGAUAGUUAUAGAUCAGGACAGGGCUAUGCAAAAUGCAAUCCAGAUUGUGUUUCCCAAUGCAAAGUAUAGAUGGUGUUUGUGGCACUUAUUGAAAAAGUUGCUUGAGAAAUUCGGAUACCAUGUGGAUAAGGGGUCUAUAUUCACUAUUAUACAAGUUUGGUCUACGAUUGGAUGUCAACUACUCAACGCAGUGAGAGUAUGCAAUGCAUUCUUCGAUGGUUAUGUACAUUCAAAGAUGACGUUGAAACAACUUGUUAAACAAUAUGAACAAGCACUGAGAAAUAAGGUUGAGAAGGAGUUUCAAGCUGACUUCAAGUCCUUCUCGCAAAUGGAAGUUCAAGAGGAGUUCACAGGUAAAAUGUACUGCAGCCUUGUUUCUUUCUCUGAUGGAGUAUCGGGGGCAACGUAUGAGGUACGGGAGGAUGUAAUACAUGACGAGCAUUCAAGAAAAAAAGCUUUUUUUUUCACAUUUCAAAGAGACAAAUGUGAAAUCAGUUGCAGUUGCCAGAACUUUGAGUUUCGAGGGAUUAUUUGCAAACAUAUGAUCGCAGUAUUGGUCCGUAAUGAUGUGAAAUCUAUACCCGAAAGAUAUAUAUUACGGAGAUGGCGACGAGAUGUGACUAGGGCCCACACGAGGGUACCAGUGAACUAUGAUGGUUUGAUUAGUACGCUUUGGCAACUGAAGUACGACAAAAUGUGUCAACGCUUUGCUACAUUGGCCGAUCUGACAGCAGAAGAUGACGCGAAAUCUGAUGCAAUAAUUGAUUGGAUUGACAGUUAA